AGGCAUAGAUAUAUCAAAUCUAGUUAAUAUUUUAAUUUCUUAUUAAAUUAGAAAAGAAAUACAGGAAAAUGAUGCAACAAUAUAAUUGCUCCUAAUCGUAAAUAUAAAUAAAAUGCAUAGACAGAGCACACAGAAAUGACACAUUGCAUCAAAAAAAGUAAUGAUUUUUAAAUAUAGUUUUAUUAAUUGCUUCAAAGUGAGUAGGAAGAAACAAAUGUAUAUAAUCCCACGCCUAUUUUAUUUAUUUAAACUGCACCUGAACACAUCUCCUCUUUUUUAUGCGUCUCACCAGGACAUGCAUUUUGGUCACAUCCAGCCACAACACGAAGCGGCUGCAGCAAAAUUCUCAAGUAGACUGUAAUCUGUUUGCUUUUCCCGCAGCAGAGGGAAAACAAGGCGAAUGUCGUGUGCGUGGGUGCCCUUGUCUAUAUAAUAUCAACAAAACAAAACAAAAAAACUUUGCUGCAUGUCCUACCAAAUAAGUAUUUCAAUUAAAUUCUGGCACUAAAGAAUGAAGCACAGUUGAAAAAACACACCUUUGUGUUUAGAGAGACAUUGAAGGCUCACAGCUGAAAGCACAUUUUGUGCCAUUAUGGCAGAGACUUCUGACUGUCAUGUUCUUUCAUUUUAUAGAUCCAAGGGCACACUGCUCCAGUUUAGUUCACAAAGAACUGAAUAACCACAGAGGUCCUGCUAGUGACAUUACCCACAGUAGUAAGCUUUUAUCAUGGGCCAGCAAUAGGAAAUGGUUGCACUCACUUGACUCUAUUGACUUGUGUUUUUCUGUUUAGUUCAUGGUGAAUCCUAAUGUAGCACUCAGCUUUGUCCAGCAAAUUUAGAAUUUUAAUGGUAGAACUUCCAUGUUCUGCCUUUAAAUUGAGUUCAUAAUACCAGUAAAUACUUACUAAAAAAAUUAGACUGCUUUUUCUAAAGGUUUAAUGAUUUUUUUACGUUGCCGAGAGGAUUUACAAAGAAACUAGGGGAGUUGCUGUGUUAGAAUCAAGAAUAUAGUUUUGUAAUUUCCAACUGAGAAGAUUUGAAGGUUCAGAUGGACACGAUACAAUCCUAAGUUCCCAGAAGGGGCUGAUAUCCCUUUUUUGUUAACUUUGCCAUUUCAAAAGUUAGUGUUACUUUAAAUAUCUUGUGCAGUCUGCUUUACUUUCACCAUUUAAGGCUUUCAUUCUGUUUUUUGACACACUUUAAAACACAAAAAAUGUGUGAGUAAAGGCAAAUUAAAGCAGUCUGACUUAAAGUAAAAAAAUUGAAAACACUGUAAAAUCUUUAAAGAAGCAGACUUUAUUUCAUUAAAGACCCAGAAGCAGAACGAAAACGUGCUUGAAUACUAAUGAACCAAUGCCUCCUCUCCCUCUGAGCUAUUUGAUUAUUCCAGAUGAUAAUCUUUGAAGUGAAAACACACAGAAAGCAACCUCAGAGUCUGACUCACAGUGUGUCAUGGAUACAAACAUCAACCCACAAAAAAGAUCCCAAAUUUUCAAGUGAGACCGGUGGAGAAGCUAAGAGAACAAGAAGAUUUUCUUGUCACACCAAUUAUUUUCUGGCGUUCAUUCAGGUCUGUUUUUCUGCAGCUCACACCUGCUCUGCUGGUCUCCUUAUGCUUUUGCUCACAGAUUGUAACUUUCUUCUGGGAAACGCUCUCAGUCGCCAUGGCUACCCCAUUGUCUACUGCUCAGAUGGGUUUUGCGAGCUGACUGGCUUUGCUCGGACUGAGGUGAUGCAGAAAUCCUGUACCUGUGGCUUUCUUCACGGGGCUGAGACCAGUGACAGCGUGCUGCAGCAGGUCCACAAAGCUCUGGAGGGCCAGCAGGAGUUUCAGGGAGAAAUCUGCUUUUAUCAGAAAAAUGGAAAUCAGUUUUGGUGCUUUCUGGAUGUUGUCCCAAUUAAAAAUGAGAAGAGUGAGGUUGUGCUGUUCCUGUUAUCCUUCAAAGAUGUCAGUGAAUCCCAUGGGAGGAGCCACUGCUACACCCCGGGAGAUGAUUCUGCUAAUGAAAGCAGUCGGGGCAACCCAUCAGACUUCACCUACGUUCAAGAAAGAGGGAGGACCAUUCUUCGUCACCUGAGCAACUUUUUCACAAAGAGAGGCAAAAGAAAACUCACAGAUGGUAUGUUCCAGAAACCCUCCCUGCCUGAGUACAAAGUGGCGGCUGUGGAGAAGUCGCGCUUCAUUCUGCUGCAUUACAGCAUCUUCAAGGCCUUGUGGGACUGGCUCAUUCUGCUGGCGACCUUCUACGUAGCCAUCACCGUGCCUUUCAAUGUCUGCUUUGUCAGCCAUUAUGAGGGCCCUGACCACCAUUCACUUGUCAGUCGAAGCACUUUAGGCAGUGAUAUAGCGGUGGAGAUGCUCUUCAUGCUCGAUAUCUUUCUGAAUUUCCGCACCACCUAUGUGAGUCAGUCAGGGCAAGUUGUGUAUGACGGCCGCUCCAUCUGCAUACAUUACUGCACCACCUGGUUCUUCGUGGAUCUGAUUGCAGCGCUGCCCUUUGACCUUCUCUAUGCGUUCAACAUCACAGUGACGUCUCUGGUGCAUUUGCUGAAGACGGUCCGUCUGCUGCGUUUGCUGCGCCUGCUGCAGAAACUGGAUCGGUAUUCUCAGUACAGCGCCGUGGUCCUCACCCUGCUCAUGUCUGUGUUUGCCCUGCUCGCUCACUGGAUGGCUUGCAUCUGGUACGUCAUUGGGCGAAAGGAAAUCGAAAGCAGUGACCCCAUUACCUGGGACAUAGGCUGGCUGCAGGAGCUGGGAAAGCGUUUGGAGACUCCUUACGUCAACAGCACAGUGGGGGGCCCCUCCAUGCCCAGCGCCUACAUCGCUUCUCUCUACUUCACCCUCAGCAGUCUUACCAGUGUUGGUUUUGGUAAUGUGUGCGCCAACACAGAUGCAGAGAAAAUCUUCUCCGUGUGCAUUAUGCUCAUUGGAGCUCUGAUGCAUGCAGUGGUCUUUGGGAAUGUCACUGCCAUCAUCCAACGCAUGUAUUCACGCCGUUCGCUCUACCACACACGCAUGAAGGAUCUCAAGGACUUCAUCCGUGUGCACCGGCUGCCGCAGCAGCUUAAACAGAGGAUGCUGGAGAACUUUCAGGCCACCUGGUCAGUCAACAAUGGCAUCAAUGCCAAUGAGCUGCUUCGUGAAUUCCCAGAUGAGCUGCGAGCUGACAUUGCCAUGCAUCUGAACAAGGACAUCCUGCAGCUGCCUAUGUUCGAGAGAGCCAGCAGAGGGUGUCUGCGUUCCCUCUCCCUGCACAUCAAGACUUCUUUCUGUGCACCAGGGGAAUACCUUAUCCGCCAAGGAGAUGCUCUACAUGCUAAUUAUUUUGUUUGUUCCGGUUCCUUGGAGGUCCUGAAAGAUGGCAUGGUCCUGGCCAUCCUGGGCAAAGGUGACCUUAUAGGGUCCGACUUACCAGUGCAUGAGCAGGUGAUCAAAACAAACGCCGACGUGAAGGCGCUGACCUACUGCGACUUGCAAUACAUCAGUGUGAAGGCUUUAAAGGAGGUCCUAGGGCUGUACCCAGAGUACAGCAGCCGGUUUAGCUUUGACAUUCACUUCAACCUGACCUACAACCUAAGAGAGGGCAGUGAAGCCAACUGUGGUGUGGAUCACAAACUCCCAUAUAUCAUUGAGGCAGCAGGAGCAGAACAAGACAACAAGAGAUAUUCACAGGAGAGCAGAGUUCCUCUUCUGCAAGGUCUCUGCAGCCCUGUCCACCAGCCGAGCUUGGGCACCACCGGAGAGGAGCUUCAGCACAUCAGAGCUCUCAGCUUGUGUCGAUCCCCUGCUCAGGGAAGCAGAGGCCCCUCUCCUCAGCCUUUUCUCCAUGAUGAACUCCCACGUUCUCCUUUGCUUGGCCUCAACCAUCGACCUGCUAAAUUGCUUAUUCCGUCGCUGCCAUGUGUAAGCCCUUUGAACUUGAGCCCCAGGGUUGUGGAUGGAAUCGAAGACAAUGGCCGCACCUUUCAAUUUAAUGAGCAGAGUGAAACAAAAAUCAAAGUGGCAGACCAGCUGCAGAUAAGUGCUAACCUGAUUUUGGAGACCGAAGAAGUGAGACAGAACAUUGGAAAAUUGAACAAAGAGGUGAACAACUUGAAUGAUGAAGUGUCCAACCUGGCUAAGGAGCUUCAUGAUCUAAUGCAAUUCCUGCACUGUCAUAUGCCAAAUCCCAACAGCUCUUGUGGUGGGACAAGUACCAGCAGCUGGCAGGGCUCUGCCUCUUCCUCUGAACGGCACCUUCACCAUGAAACGAUAAGCCACUUGGAUAGGAAUCCAUGUAGCUGCGGUGGAUUUCUUUCCCCAGCGAGAAGCCACUCACUGCUGCAUGAACCUGUUUCAACCUGUUUGCACCCUUGUUGCUCCAACAGAGAAGGAACCACGGCUCACAGACACAAGGACCAAUGUGGCUCGGUUCACACACUGAGAGCAAUCCCAAGCUCCCCUUACAUGAUCCACCGUCAUGCCCAGGGAGAUUCAUCACUGUUAAGCAUCAGUUCAGCCUUCACUAGUUACCCAGUAAUUGGUCAGACCCCACAGGUCAUCUACAACUCACCCAUUCUCACAAAGCACAGCUCUCACCCCCUAUGUUCUACUAUAAACUGUGGACACUCUCAGCCAUCAUUCAGACUCCAAAGCAACCCAAGCGUCUCACAAAAACUGCUGACAUCCCAGUCACCUAUAAAUCCCCCCAUCAGUUCUGCUCAGUGUUCCACAUCCUUUAGCUCUCUGGCAUCUUCAAGAGUCCACAGUCCAGUGUGGCAGGGUCAACCGAAUUGUAGUCAUGGCCCCAGACAAAAUGACCCGGUAGGAUCCAGCCCUGUCCACAUCAAACAGGAUCAUCAGUGUUCUCUGCUGGAGCAGACGUUGAACAAAGGGAGCAGAAGUUCACUGUAUCAAGAUGAUAUAGACAGUCUUGGACAUGACAGUACUGAACUGGCUUCAUGAUCACAUCAGUAUUUGGUUUGGCUUAUGUAUUCAAUGAUCAGAUCUGUUGAAGCCACUGACUGUAUAUGAGAACUGGGCUGAGUGUGCCGUCACCCAUAGAAAAUGGUUUACUUUGUAAGACGUUGUAAGUAAGCAGUGAUUGGUCCGAGUCCAUCUGAGUUUCUAUGGCAACCCUUCUCGCCAAUUAGGAGUCUGUGCUCAUUUCCCAUUAUCUUUUUGUUUACACUCUCUCCCACUAUAGCCUACGCCCCCUCACACCCCCAAUUUAACAUUAGCGGAGCAACAAAAAUGGUAAGCAAUAUUGGAGCUAUCCAGCCAGAGUUUAAACCCAGAUACCAGCUCGGAUGAGGAAAUGGAAGAUGCACAUGGAUUUAUUUGUCUGCAAUUGGAUCCAUCUGAAUCUGAGGUGUAGCGAUUCUUUUUAACAACAAUUUGAUUCAUAUCAUAAAUUGUGGUUACCAAUCUGAUUCAUAGUCAGUAUUGGUUCAUCCGAUUCAUUGACAUCUUUAGCCUAAAAUUCAGCCAGUGUGAUAAAUGCCGUGGGUACUGAACAGUGCAGGUGAAGUUUUCCAGAUUCCUUGUAUUUCUUGGAAGAUAAACACGCGUAAAUUAAAUAUGUGUACAAACAAAGAAGUAAA